AUGCUCUGCAUCGCGAAUAUGAUCAUCUACGGAUUGAAAGUCAACAUCGCGACCGCCAUUGUCGGCAUGGUUAAAGCCAAAAAAAAUGGCCAAGCGGUUUCAGACGCGUCCCACGAGUGCGAUUUUGGCCAAGAAGGUGUUGCGGCGGUUGAUAUCGAUGGACCGUUCGAUUGGUCAGCCACGGAGCAAGGUUUAGUCGUCAGUAUUUACUUCGCAGGGUACCUUGUGGGCAUGGUUCCUGCGGGUUACUUCGCCGAUCGCUUCAACACAAAGGGCGUCCUGCUGAUAUGCGUCGUCGGAAACGCACUGUUGACCCUUUUGGUGCCAGUAACGGCCCCCAUUUUAUCCGUCCUGUACUUGGUAAGAUUUUUAACGGGUCUUGUGAGUGCUGCCAACCUCCCCGUGGUGAACGUACUAGUCGGAAAAUGGGUGGUUUACGAAGAGAAAUCAACAUGGGUCGCCAUCAUUUACGCUGGGACAUCUUUGGGAACCGUGAUAUCUAUCUUCACUUCCGGUAUGAUCCUCGAUUCCCUUGGAUGGCAGGCUGUGUUCUACAUACACGGCACUUUACCGUUACUCUGGUGCGUGGUAUUCUACUGGUUCUUCGCUGACAAUCCGGAAACGCAAAAAUACAUCUCGGAAAAGGAACGAGAGCUAAUCGUGACGUCUUACGGUCACAGAGUGCUCGGCUCUUCGGAAACGAAGGUGCCCUGGAAGAGCAUAUUCACGUCGGUGCCAUUUUGGGCGCUGCUUUAUGCGAACACGUUCGGGAACUUUUGUUGGUACUUUCUGCUCACGCAGUUGCCAUUGUACAUGAACAAGAUACUGCGGUUCGAUAUUAAAUCGAACGCUGCCAUAAGUUGCAGCCCGUACCUCCUGAACGCUAUCGCGAAUCCAUGCUUGGGCAGACUUUUGGAUUGGGGAAGGCGGAAGGGAUAUUGGUCGCAGACUGUUGGACGAAAAUCUGCCGUGUUUAUAAGUUGCAUUCCACCGAGUAUCUGCCUCAUUAUAAUCGCAUACAUUGGUUGUGAGCGCGUUGGAUCAACAAUACUGUUGAUACUGAGCAUAGUACUCUGUGGAGCGAUCUUCGUCGGGCAUCUCUGUAAUCACAACGACCUAGCCCCGAAUUACGCAGGAAUUCUAAUGGGAAUCACAAACACUCCCGGAACGAUCUCAGCAUUUAUCUUGCCGGCAUUGGUGGGCGCCCUCAUGGAACAUGGGCACACUAUGCAACAAUGGAGGUACGUCAUGUGGAUCGUAAUUGUUGCUCAAGUAUCUGCAUUCGUCGUAUUUUGCUUCUUCGGGUCUGCAGAAAUUCAAGACUGGAAUUAUGAGACUGAGGCGGAACGAGAGGCAGCUCAAAGAACUCAAAGGAAUAGAACCUAA